ACUACUUUAAAUAUUUUAAAGCGGUUUUCAGUAUCUUUUGACGCAAUGUUCAAGGAUAGCUAGACUAUCAAAAAUUAAUUAAUUAUUUAAUUCUCUUUUAGGCCUUCUACUUGCCUUUGGCCCUAGUGAUUCCCCCGUCCCAGUUUGUCACCCAUCAGUACUUCAAUCUGCUCUUCCAGUUCUGGAUUCACACGGAAACUGUGAAAACGUUGGGCCCCCUAGAGUGGAUCUUCAAUACGCCAAACCACCAUAGGGUGCACCAUGGAAGUAACAUUUACUGUCUGGACACCAACUAUGCAGGGGUUUUAAUCAUAUGGGACAGGAUGUUCGGUACGUUCGCUAGAGAGCGCGAAGACGAGGAGAUUAUUUAUGGUUUAGUGUAUAACCAGCCUUCAUUUAACCCGGUACAUUUGCAGACGUUCUACACGAAAUACGUGGUGCAGCGGUUCCAGGCUAUGAAGGGUUGGAAGAACAAAUUGGCCGCCAUCUUCUAUGGACCCAGUUGGCAACCUGGAAAGCCCAGACUGGGUUUGGAAGAGGAUAAAGUUAAGGUGACCAAGAGAGAGAAGUACGACGUCAAGCUCCCUCUAUGGUGCAACACGUAUUUGCUCAUCCAUUUUGCCGUGGUUGUCUACGGCUUUCAUCAGCUAGCCAUCAGACAUUUGGCCCUGAACCCUUUGACCGUCAUCGCGUUUGUGAUCUACAUAAUCGCCUCCCUAACCAACAUCGGUCUACUUUUUGACAACCAUAAGUACGCCCCAGUAUUUGAAGUACUCCGGUGUAUGCUGCUGGUAACGGCAGUACAAAGAAUGUCUUUUCCAGACAUUGAGGCAAGUACUUUAGUAGCAGCAGAAGUGUUCUUCCUACUGUCCGGGAUCUUUUGGUUUUUGAAAAGUAUUAACGUCCUGGACCUCAAAGUUACCGAGAAGUGUAAAACUGGAUGAAGUGCGACGGUGUUUUAACUGAUUUUGCCUUGUUCCUAGUAGAUUUAGGUGAUUAUGUUAGAUGUUAAACCAGUGAUAUUAUUGUGAUGUUUCUUAUAUGUAUAUAACGUUAAAUAAAUGGUCUGUCUUAUGUGA